AUGCUCCCCCCCGCGCUCUGGCGCGCCAUCAUCUUCUUCGAGGCAGCUCCUGCCUCCCAGGCCUCCCUGGCGACGUACUCGUCGUCACUGGUGCCCUCGGCUCCGGCGGCGCGGCGGCGAGGGAUCGGCGCUCGACGCCCGCACAUGGUGAGCGCAGGAGGAGCGGCCGCGGCGAGUUCGAGGCCGGCCAGCCUGGAGGUGGCUCCCUGGAGCCGCACGCCAUUCGCAGCUGGGCACUUGAGGCUGUGGCUUGCGCCGCCGUCCUGGCACGAGGCCGCUUGCGCGAGCCGCGCGUGGAGGCAGCUGUGGGAGCGCCAGGCGGAGUCGGCGGCGAUGUGGCAGACCGACCUGGACCCGUCGCAGCGGGCGCGGGCGUGGAAGGCGGUCUUCAUGGAUGGCCUGAGCAUCCGAGUCCGAGGCCGUGCAGGACUCGUACCACAGCCUGGGCCUGGCACCGUCCUCGUACGACGACGUGAUCCGGCGCGACCUGGGGCGGACGUUGCCGCAGGAGGCUCUCUUCCGGGACAAGGCCGGCAGGGGCCAAGGAGCUCUUUUCCGGGUCCUCCACGCGCUGGCGGUGCAGCUCUGUGA